AUGAGGCUGGCUGGGGGCCCCGUCACCCUGAGGACACCCCUCUUGCUGCUUGGGCUCUGGGUGGUGAUGGCUCCUGCCCAGUGUUCUCAAGGUCGCCCCUCCUGGCGCUACAUCUCCUCCGAGGUGGUGAUUCCCAGGAAGGAGCUGCACCACAGCAAAGCCGUGUGGGCAGCAGGCUGGCUCUCCUACAGCCUGAGGUUUGGGGGCCAGAGACACGUCCUCCACAUGCGGCGCAAGAGACUCUUUUGGCCUGGACAGGUGAUGGUGAUGACUCAGGAUGACCAGGGGGCCUUGCAGGUGGACUCCCCCUUUUUCCCUCUCGACUGUUACUACCUGGGCUACCUGGAGGACGUCCCUCUCUCCAUGGUCACCGUGGACACGUGCUAUGGGGGCCUGGAAGGCAUCAUGAAGGUGGACGACCUUGCCUAUGAAAUCAAACCCCUCAAGGAUUCCCAGAGGUUUGAGCACAUCGUUUCUCAGAUCUUAGCUGACACCAACGCCACAGGACCCACGACCAGGCUGGGAUACAAGGCACAGAGGCACGCCCUGCUCUCCAACGUGAACACCAGUGCAGCCUCCAGGGUCAGCAGUAAGCUCUAUGCAUCCCACAGAGGAAACAUGAAAGCCUGCCUCAUGAGUUCAAAUUCCAUUUAUACUCUGUACACAAAUAUGUCAGAAAACAUCAAAUUCCUAGUAUAUCUAGGGAGUUUAAUGGACUCCAUGUUCCGAGGCCUUGACAUAAGGUACUACAUCAGCAUCAUGGUCAUUUAUAAUCAGAGGGAUCCAGCUGAUAUGAACAACUUUGCGGUGCCCCAAGGUCCAUUUGCUCAGAAUUAUCAGGCCAAAAUUUAUAUUCCAUUUAAGCCCUAUACAGGCUUAAUGAUGCUGAAAGAUGCACCCCAUGAACUUAAUUUUAAUCCCGUUGGGAACAGUUUGUGCUCAGCCAGGAGUCUGGUCUAUGUGGGUCACCUGUACAGGCAUAUAUUAUUGUUGGCGGUUAUAGCCACCCAGCAAGUUGCGAGGACAAUGGGUCUGGAUUUUGAUGAAAAGUCUUGUGUUUGCCAGCGAAGGACCACCUGCAUCAUGAAUAGGUACCCUGUGUUGACAGAUGCCUUUAGCAACUGCUCUGUGGUACACCUACAAAACUCCUAUAGUGAUAACCAUGCAGCAUGCCUCUACUUAACUGAAUUUGUCCAUGUAAACGAAAGCCUGACAGUCACUCGAUGUGGAAACUCUGAGGUGGAAGACACAGAGCAGUGUGACUGUGGGUCCUUCAGUGAGUGCUAUAGCAACACCUGCUGUGAAACCAACUGCUACUUCACACCUGGAAGCAUUUGUAACAGAGAAAUAUGCUGCACAAACUGCACCUACACACCUGCGGGGACGCUCUGCAGACCGAUCCAGAACAUCUGUGACCUUCCGGAGUACUGCAUGGGGGAGGACACGAGGUGCCCUGGGAAUUUUUAUCUCCAAGAUGGAACCCCAUGCACCGAGGACGGCUACUGCUAUCAUGGCAAUUGUACCGACCGCAGUGUGCACUGCAAGGAGAUCUUUGGGGAAGGCGCGCUGAAUGCUCCAAAACACUGCUACGAAAUUAAUAGGCAGGGAAGCCGAUUCGGACACUGUAAAAUUACUCAUCUGUUCAAUCCAGGCCGUUGUUAUGGCGAUGACUAUCUGUGUGGACGCCUACAGUGUGUGAACAUCACUCAUAUGCCUCGGAUGCAGGAACAUGUGAGUUUCCAUCAGUCUCUCCUUCGAAACACCUGGUGUUUUGGACUGGAUACACACCGUGGAACAGGAGCAACCGACGUUGGUUUUGUGAGAACUGGUACACCCUGUCGUGAUAACGCCUUCUGUUAUAAGGGCUCCUGCAAUUCUUCCAUAGAAGAAAUAAACUACGACUGCCCUCCUUCCAAAUGUAACCACAGGGGUGUGUGCAACAACCAAGGGAACUGCCAUUGCCAUGUAGGCUGGGACCCUCCCCUGUGCAUAAAUAACGGUGCCGGAGGGAGUGUGAACAGUGGACCCCCUCCAAGAAGAACUCGGUCAGUGAGGACAAAUCCUAUGUCAAUGAUGUAUUUGAGAAUUGCUUUUGGUCGCUUGCUUGCCCUCAUAGCCGCAAUCCUCUUUGGCGUAGCCAGUAAUGUGAGAGCUAUCGAGGACACUCCAGUCACUGAAGUGGAAGUUAAAAACUAA